AUGUCCGCCGCUGGGACCACGCCGCCAAACGCGAACGGUCCGCUCGUACCUUGUCCGUAUCUUGCUUUGCCAACACUGUCCUUCUCAGUCAGCCAAGUGGCAACGGUCUGUGAAACCCUAGAAGAAAGCGGCGACAUCGAGAGGCUGGCUAGGUUUCUAUGGAGCCUUCCGGUCGCUCAUCCCAAUAUUCAGGAACUCAACCAGAGCGAAGCUGUCCUCAGGGCGCGAGCCAUCGUGGCGUUUCACUCGGGACACUACCGGGAGCUUUACGCCAUACUAGAGAGGCACAAGUUCACCAAGGACUCGCACGGCAAAUUGCAAGCGAUGUGGCUGGAGGCGCACUAUCAGGAGGCCGAGAAGCUCCGCGGUCGGCCGCUGGGUCCCGUGGACAAGUAUCGCGUGAGGAAGAAAUUCCCAUUACCGAGGACAAUCUGGGACGGCGAGCAGAAGACGCAUUGCUUCAAGGAACGGACCAGAUCGCUGCUACGGGAAUGGUAUCUCCAGGAUCCCUAUCCGAAUCCGGGGAAGAAGAGGGAGCUGGCCGCCGCGACGGGACUCACACCGACGCAAGUUGGAAAUUGGUUCAAGAAUAGGAGGCAGAGGGAUCGCGCUGCUGCGGCGAAAAACAGAAUGCAGCAACAGUCGGGUCAAGGAAACGGAAACGCGCGGCGUGCUCUGAGCCCGGGACCCGGCGGCAGCAGCAGCGAAGAGUCCGACAUUUCCCUCGGAGGAACAUCACCGCCAUCGCCGAGUUCCUCGCCGCCACCGAACCACCAACCGUCCCCGGUGCCCCUUGGCUCACUCGGACCUUUGCCACCACCCUCUUUGAACUUCCGCUUCGAUCCUACGCAGACGCACUUUCGAUUCGGCCACACGACGGCUUUCAAGUUCCCACCGACGAGCUUCCGAUUCGGACCGCACAGUCCGCAGCCUAACCAUCCGAAUAUGCCGGGUGGUGGGAUUUUCAGGUUCGCGGAGUCGAGUCCUUUCCAGGCUGUAGGACCCAGGGGUGAUCCGGCGACGAGACUGCCGGAUUCGCUGGGUUUGCCGCCGCCGAGAUUGCAUCCGCACGAAGGCCUGCUGCACCACCCGCACCCUCAGCAUCAGCUGUCCGAGGGAAUAUCUAGGAUAUCCGAAACGUCGCGAUUAUCGGACGGCGGGUUAUCUCGUCUCUCGGACAGCUUAUCGGAGGCCCACAGCCCGCCGUUGAUGGCGGCAAACCUAUCGGUCACCGGUCCGCUGAGGGUAGCCGUACCUAGCCCGCACACCCCCUCGUCUCGAGGAAGCCCACCUCCCCGUCAACCAACGCCUCAGGGCCAGUCCCAAGGUCAAGGGUUGAUAAGGGUCGCAACGCCACCACCGGCGAAUCCGAGACCGCAGAUCCAUAGGCCCUUCUCGCCUGCGUGAUACGACAGGGACGACGAAUCGCAGCACGCCGUCGAUACAAAUAAUCGUUUAAUGUCGAAAAAGAGCUACAGGUGCGGUGACGUCGCGAACGAGAGUUUCGAGGUGUUGUGAAGGCGGGGGUUUUUGAGAGGAGUCAUCAUGGAGCAUAGGGAAGAAUCGGUUGUGUCUAGAAAAAUUACAAGUGUGCGCGUGGUAUCGCCGAUCCAACAUUCUGAGGGGGACUUUUUCACAGUUUCGUGAGAGGACCGACGAUAAGAACGGAGAUUAUUCAAGGAUAGAUGCAAGAUGUGAACCAGCAGUAUCUAGCAAGAUGGCUUUCUUCCACGACAACACGGUUAGCUUUACUGAAAAAACAGAUUUAAGGAGCUAUAGAAAUAACGUACUCGAAGAAGAAUCAACGAUACCAGUACAUCGUAGAUACAGUUUGCCGAAAGUUCUACUCGAAGACAAGAGAAGUUACUACACUAUGAAGAAUUUCAUUUGGUGGUGUGUGAUAGGACGCUCUUAUAAGAUGCGGAGAUAGACGUUUCGAAAAGUGAGUGCAAAUCCGCUAAGUAAGUGCAAUCUCUCGGAUUAAAAAAAAAAAA